AUGAAAAAUAUGGGUCUGAGCCAGCUUGUGGUGGUGAACCCGAAACGUUAUCCCGAUCCUCAGGCUGACUGGCGCGCAGCAGGCGCGCUGGAUAUUCUGGAUGGAGCUACCGUCGUCGAUACGGUAGAAACAGCCAUCGCAGACUGCCACUGGGUUGUGGGUACGAGUACGCGACUACGCAAAAUUCCCUGGCCGGUGACCGAUGCUAAAGGCAUAGCCAGGCAGGUGGUUGAGCAGGCCAAUGAAGCGCAGAUCGCGAUUCUGUUUGGUCGUGAGGACAGCGGUUUGACGAAUGAAGAGCUGCGCCGUUGUCACUAUCAUCUGCAGAUACCCGCAGCGCCUGAAUAUUCCUCGCUGAACCUGGCUAUGGCUGUACAAGUGGUCUGUUAUGAGUUGUUUCAGGCCAGUCAGAGCGAGCCUGUCGUGACAGCCUGGGAUCGGCGCAUGGCCACCUCCGCGGAAUUGGACGCCAUGCUGGUGCACCUUGAAGAGACCCUGCUGGAUGGCGGUUUUCUGCUGGCGGAAAACCCAGGUCAGACCAUGACCCGGGUGCGUCGCAUGUUUUCCCGCAUGCAGUUGGAUGAAACCGAGGUGCAGAUUAUGCGCGGCAUCAUUAAGCACUUCUCAAGGGUCGAUAAUUCAGGCCGCUACGCUGUAACCGCUAUGCUGGACAUAGCGCUGCAUUGCGAGCAAGGGCCUGUCAGCGUGCAGGAUAUUGCCGGCCGGCAGGAUAUUUCUUCUUCGUACCUUGAGCAGAUUGUCGGCCGCUUGAAACGCCUGGGUCUGUUAACCAGCCACCGUGGGCCCGGGGGCGGUUAUCAGCUGGGUGCUGCGAUGCUGGUGCAGGGAAAUUUUGGUAAUCCAGCCUCCCGUUCCCACGUUUAUGGCUGGCGCGCUGAAGAAGCGGUAGAAGCGGCGAGGGCGGAGAUUGCUCUCGCGCUCAACGCUGAUCCGAGGGAGAUUGUCUGGACCUCAGGCGCGACGGAGUCGGACAACCUGGCACUCAAAGGAGUGGCGUUCAAUGCCAGUCGAAAACAUAUUGUCACCAGUGCAGUAGAGCACAAAGCGGUGCUGGAUACCUGUGCAGACCUGCAUGCUCAGGGUUUUGAAGUGACGUAUCUGCAACCGGAUGCUCAUGGCCGGGUUGAAGUGGCACAGGUCGCUGAGGCGCUGCGUGAAGACACGCUGAUAGUGUCUAUCAUGCAUGUGAACAACGAGCUGGGCACUAUUUGUGAUAUCCAGGGCAUGGGUGCAUUGUGCCGCUCCCGUGGCGUUCUGUUUCACGUUGACGCUGCGCAGAGUUUUGGCAAGCUGGCCAUCGAUGUGCAGGCGAUGUGUAUCGAUAUGUUGUCGAUUUCCGCGCAUAAAUUGUAUGGUCCCAAAGGUAUCGGCGUGUUGUAUGUGCGACGUGAACCGCCGAUUAAGUUACAUCCGCUCAUUCAUGGCGGCGGUCACGAGAUGGGCAUGCGCUCAGGUACGUUGCCAACCCAUCAGAUUAUCGGGUUGGCCGAGGCCAGCCGUUUGAUGCAGGCAGACAUGGUGAAAGAGCAGGCGCGAUUAUCGAGCCUGCGCGAACGCCUGCUCACUCAUCUGAGACAGAUUCCGGACACUUUUAUCCACAGCCAUCCAGAGUUCAACCUCCCGUCCAUUGUGAACGUUGGAUUUGCUGGCAUAGAUGGCGAAACGCUGCUGCUGGCCCUGGACGAUCUGGCAUUGUCCACAGGUUCAGCGUGUAACUCUACGUCGGUGGAACCUUCUUUUGUGCUGUCCGCCAUUGGUGUGCCAAGAGACAUCGCGCAAGCCUCUUUACGCAUCAGCUUUGGACGUUUCAGCCAGGCUGAGGUGCUGGAAGGAGAAGAUGCCAUUGCGACUAACCGUCGUCUGAUGGGAGCAACCAAUCCGUCUGAGGCUGCGCCCGGCACGAUUCGCGCAGACUUUGCAGAAUCUAUAGAUGCCAACUCGGUACACGGCUCAGACGCGCCGGAAUCUGCAGCCCGGGAAAUCGCUUUUUUCUUUUCUGACGAUGAGAUUCACCCGCGAAACCUGAUGAUCAAUCUCUAUGGUUUAGACCGCAGUGCCUUGGAAGCCUUGUUCGUCGAACAGGGCCAACAGGCUUUCCGCGGCCGCCAAUUGAUGAAAUGGGUUUAUCAUCAGGGCCGCACGGAUUUUGCGGCAAUGACCGAUCUGUCGCUGUCGAUGCGUCAAUGGUUGGCAGAGAACACCUGCUUUGAGCUGCCACGCGUAGAAAGUUUCCAGGUGUCCAAAGAUGGCACCUGUAAAUGGUUGUUGGAUGUAGGUAACGGUAACCUGGUUGAGACCGUGCUCAUACCGGAAAAGAACCGCAAUACCCUGUGUGUCUCUUCUCAGGUCGGAUGCAUGUUGGAUUGCAGUUUCUGCUCAACCGGAAAGCAGGGCUUCAGCGGCAAUUUGCCCGCGGCGUUUGUGGUUGGACAAAUGGUGCUCGCCAACCAGGUUCUGGCCGAAAAAAAUCAGCGCGUCAGCAACAUUGUGCUGAUGGGGAUGGGUGAGCCUCUGUUGAAUUUUGAUGCAGCAGUCAGUGCAACAAAUAUCUUCAUGGAUGAUCUCGCCUUUGGAUUAUCCAAGCGACGGGUGACCCUCAGUACGGCUGGGGUAGUGCCAGCCAUUUAUGAGCUGGCUAAGGUCAGUGAUGUCUCUUUAGCGGUAUCCUUGCACGCACCUAUAGACGAGUUGCGCGACCAGCUUGUGCCGAUUAACCGGAAAUAUCCGAUCAAAGAGUUGCUUGAUGCCUGUCGGCACUACGUUGAUCAGUUGGGUGAAAAGCGCAAGCUUGUGAUUGAGUACACUCUGAUGCGCGGUGUCAACGAUCAGCAUGAACAUGCGGUUGCGCUGGCCGAACUGCUCAAAGAUGUGCGCUGUAAAAUUAACCUGAUUCCGUUCAAUCCCUUUCCAGCCUCGGGUUAUCAGAAGCCUUAUCAGCGCGAUAUUUAUAAUUUUCAGACCUACUUGAUGAAACAAGGCUAUGCGACCAUGCUGCGCACCACUCGGGGUGAUGAUAUUGAUGCGGCCUGUGGGCAACUGGUUGGACAGGUCAAGGAUCGGACCAAACGUCAGUCUCGAUAUCUGGCGAGAGUGAAAGCUGAUGGCAACAACUUCGUUGCGCAAACAACAUAG